AUGAAGACCGUCUGCAUUGUCGGCGCCGGUCCCUCCGGCCUGGUAGGCGCUAAAGUACUCCUCAAGACCAACAAGUUCAACGUCUCCAUCUUCGACAAGGCCGACCGGCUAGGAGGCAUCUGGGCCCUGGACGAGAACUCUACUGGAGCUUUCUUAAGUCCUCAAACACCCACGAACCUCUCGCGCUUCACCGUUGGCUUCUCAGACCUCGAUUGGAGCUCCGUCGACCUGGCGCCGCGAGAAGGUGCAGGACCGAACGGGGCUGCCAUCAGAUGCCCUCCCAUGUUUCCAAAGGCCUGGCAGGUCAAUCGCUACCUCGAGGCAUAUCGACAGAAAUACAUACCUGAUGGGAUUAUCCGCUACCGUCACGAGGUCACCGACGCUACUAGGGUUGAGCGGGGCGGUACGACUCGAUGGAGCAUCGUCACAAGGGAUGAGCAUUCUCAAGAAAGCACAUCCGAAUAUGACUAUCUAUUGCUGGGGUCAGGCUUCUUUGCAAAACCUCGUCCGCUCUCACACAGUAUUCCUGACCUACCGUCUGAUUUGUCGGUGAAGGCCAUCCACAGUUCUCAGUUCAGGGAACUAGAUGACCUCUUCCCAAAGCCGGGAAACGUCGCAGGCAAACGCAUCCUAGUUGUUGGGGGCGGUAACUCUGCCGGUGAGGCUGCUGCAGCAGUCGCGCAGCAACUCUCAAAUAUCAAUCAUUCCCCACAGAGCAUUGCGCGGGGAUUAUACAAGGACUGCAGCAUUGUCCAUGUCACCGCGAGACCACUCUACGCGCUGCCACCGUACACGCCGACUGAUCAAUCAAACACAACGUUCGUCCCACUUGAUCUGAAGCUCUACGAUCUAUCAAAGCGUCCUUCGGGACCUAUCGUUGGCAACGCUGGUCCUGUCACAAAAGCAGUGAAGGACAUGAUUCACAACGCCCUUCAGACUACUAUUGGUGGGAACCAAGGCGACCUAGGAGCAUCUGCGUUGGCGAUCCCGGCCGAGGAGCCUCGCUCGACGGUAUAUGUAGCUCUGAGUGAAAGCUAUCCCGAGUUCGUCCGCAGCGGUCUGAUCGAUGUUGUAGGUGGCAGAGUCACUGCUAUCGAGAACGCCGCAGACGGCACCGUCACAGCACGUGUGACAACAGGUGAUGAGUCUCAGGAAAUCACGGACAUAGGAGCGAUUAUAUACGCCAAUGGAUACUCUCCACAGUCUGCGGUGGAUUUCCUCGGAGACGACGACAUCAAGAAGCUGCUUCAUUACGAUCCCGGCAGCCUUCGUUUGCCCUUACUCCUCCAGAAUUGGCAAACCAUGGCGGAGGGAAUCCCGGAGCUUGCUCUCUUGGGGUUCUACGAAGGACCAUACUGGCCCAUGAUGGAGAUGCAAGCCCGCCUCACUGCUGAUCGCUGGCUUUGCAAUAGGCCACCCGCCACAAGGACCUAUGAAGAGAUGGAGAAGCUGCUCGAACUCCGUCAGACAAUGCAAAAGCGAGACUUGCAUGUCCCACAGUACUGGUUCGGAGACUAUGCCGGCUACCUAGAGGAGAUUGCAACGCAUCUGGACCUGCAGCGCAAUGAUGGAGCAUUUGCUGAGCGCGAGGGAUGCGUAUCGCCAGCAAGGUACCUCUCUCAUGAUUCGGAUAGAACUGAAGCGGAUGCCAUCAUGAGAGAUUUGCAUCAAGUAUGGCGCGCUUGCACCGAGGAGGGAAAGUACGUGGCCCGUGCGAUCUUUCGUGCAAUGCAAGGGCAUUGGAACAUCCAGAGAACUAUUGACAGUUCACUUCCUAGUUUCCCUUCUGGAACUCUGACUGGCGAGGCCAGCUUUCAUCCUCGAGUACCGACUUCGGACACCAGCGGCAAGUCCUUUGACCUGGAGUAUCUGUACAUUGAAUCAGGAGAUUUAGUCUUGUCAAAUGGCGCUUCAAUGCCCGCGAGACGACGCUAUGUCUAUCGAUAUUCUGAAGAGCGCGACGAGCUGAGCGUAUGGUUUGUGAAGCCAGACCGUGAGCUUGAGGUGGACUACCUUUUCCACAAUCUCGCUUUCGUCGGUCCGGCAGAGGCAAGGAAGGAGGAGGCAUGCGUGGCGAAGGCAGACCACCUCUGCGUGGAAGACAUGUACUGGACCGAGUACCGUUUCCCAAUGAGAGGUAUCUCGCUGCCGGCAUUCGAAACACUUCAUACAGUCAGGGGCCCGAGCAAGGACUACGUGGCAACGACAAAGUUCACUCGGCCUUCGAAGACGCAGGUGACUCGAUGA